AAUUAAAAUAAUUUUCUUCAUUAUUCUUAAUCUCAACUAUAAGCAGAUGAUUUAUUUAUAUAAUCAUGUUGAUGAUUGUCUCCUUCAAAGUAUUGAAGAGUUCCACUCGUCCAGCUAAGACAAUCUCAGAAAGCCAUGUUCUUCCAGACAAAGUACUAAAAGAAAAAAAUAUAUAUAUGAAAAACCUAACAAAUGAAAGAGGAAGAUGGUUCAACUGGCCAAUGCCCAAAACGAAAGACGAGUUAAUAUCUCAAAAUAAAAAUAAUAGUGGCGAUUAGAUGUUUUCGAUUCAUGACUAAACUGAAGCUCUUUGAACCAAGAGUAACAUCAACAAGCCACGUAUAUGCUGAGGCAUCUUUCAUCCACUUUGAAGCAAUAAGGUAACGCCAAGGUGCAACCUGUGAGAAGACAAAAUCAUUACAAAAUUCACUAAUGACUAAAGUUCUUUUAUAUUUUGAAGCAUAAUAAGCUCACCGAACUCUUAAGUAAUGCCCACACCUCGUCACAUGGCAAUCUUAACGCCAUAUUAGCGAAUUAUUCUGUAUCUUGUCGCUUUCUGUGAAGUUUUGGUAUAAAUAAGAUGAGUUUUGAAGGGUCUUUCUUCAUCCCCAAAGAAAAACAGAGGAAAAAAAUGGCAACUUAUUCAUCAAAAUCCAAUAAGAGAUCCAUCAGUUUGCCAAGCAGAUUACAUCCAGCUACACAGAAUAUUGAAGAGGAGCUUAACAAGCUUAAAACUUGGGAAUUCUCUGCUUCACCAACUGCAGAAGCUGUUUACAGUGGUCUAAUUGGUUUGGGGGAGGUGCAUAAGUGCAUGAUUGAUCUUUUAAACUUGCCCCUCACACUUCAAUCCCUUUCUCAGUGUCAAAACAAGAAAUGGGUCGAUGAAAUCUUGGAUAAAUCUGUGAGAUUUCUUGAUAUUUGUGGCACUACAAGGGAGAUCACAUCACAAUUUAAGGAAAAUGUUAAAGAUGUUCAGUCUACAUUGAGGAGGAGAAAAGGAGAUUUGAGCAUCAACAACUACACCACAUUCAGGAAGAAGAUGAAAAAAGAAGCCAAAAGUUUAAUUACCGCUUUGAAAAGAAUGGAUCAUGAGGAAAUAGUUUAUGCAAUGGAAGUUGAUGAUCAACUUGUCUCAGCUGUUAUCAGAGUCCUAAGAGAAGUUGCCACGAUGGGAACUUCAGUUUUGCAAAUGUUGUUAAAUUAUUUGUCAGCCUCAAAUUCUAAGCCAAUUAGCAAAUGGUCUUUGGUUUCAAGAUUAGUGAACAAAGGUGGAGAUCAAGACAAUGUGAAUGAGAUAGAAAGUGUUGAUGCUGCAUUAAGCAGCCUUUCCAAGUGUGGUCCUAAUGAAAUGGAGAAGAUCCAAUUUGUGCAAAGCAAAUUGGAAAGAGUGGCAGCCCAUUUUGAAUGCAUUGAAAAUGGUCUUGACAACAUCUUUAGAUGCUUAAUUAGAUCAAGAAGCACACUAUUAAAUGUUGUCUCUUGCCAAUGAAAAUACAAUACUACUAUUGUCAUGUAUUGCAUCGCAUAAGCAUAUCCAAAUAUUUGUAGGAUAUGCUUGUG